CUCCUCCAUGGUCACCCUGCUACGCAACAUCCCAUUAACGUACUGUAUAGACGAGUCCCUGAGAACACACAGAAUAGGAAGCGUAAACAAGUCAGAGACUUUGGAGACCGAAGAAACAACCGCGGCCCGGUCGCUUUCUUUCACCCAGGAACACAAUGGGAGGCCUGAGGACCAGUGCUUUGUUAAACUAACCAUGGUACGGCCGGAGCCACUGCGCGCGCUGCGACGCAACCCCUCCCACCGGCCUCGCUCAAGACCCGCCUUCAGCGCCGCGCCAGCAUCGCGUUCAGGGCCCGUCUCUCUAUGCGAAAGCGCCAGGGCGGAGCCGCCGGCCUGCGUUUGUAGGCAAGUUCUCUCUUUCGAGGGCUGCCGAAAAGCAAAGCCCCAUGGCCGGGGACGAAGGGGGGAGCUCGGCUUCGUCUCCUGCUGCGGAGCCUCGUCCCGACACCGCGGCUGGUGGAGGUGCGGCUGGAGAAGAGAGUGGCGGCGGCGGCGGCGGCGGCUAUGAUAACAAGUGCAUUUUCUGCAGGAUCACCCACGGGGAGGAUUCGGGCACCGAAAUGCUGCCUUGCGAGCAUGAAGACUUGGUGUGCUUCAGAGACAUCAGACCUGGAGCUCCACAUCAUUACCUAGUGGUGCCAAAAAUACACAUAGGAAACUGCAAGACUUUGAAGAGUGAGCACAUCCCAUUAGUAGAAAGAAUGAUGGCAGCUGGAAAGAGUAUCCUUCAGCGAAAUAAGUUUACUGACUUGAAUGAUAUAAGGAUGGGUUUUCAUUGGCCUCCGUUCUGCUCAAUAGGCCACCUGCAUCUUCAUGUCCUGGCUCCAGCUAGUCAGUUGGGAUUUUUGUCCCGAAUGGUAUACAGACUCAAUUCCUACUGGUUUAUCACAGCUGAGCAACUGAUGGAACGACUGAAAACUGAAAGUGCUACAAGCUGAGAAGCCCUUGCCUACAAAUGACACUUUGGUUUAUGACCACUGAACGUAAUUGAAAAUGAGUAUUAGAAAUGCUGCUAUACAACCGUUGAACUAAUGGUUAGUGAACAUUGUACCCUAAAGUUCUCAGGCAAAUAUCUGAAAUAAGAAACUUCUCAAGCACUCUUUAUAGUACUUAUGUCUACAAAUCAGAAAAUUAAGGGGACAGUGUCUUCAAAAAGCUAGUUAAAAAGCUAAUUAUAAAUUUAAUAUAUGAAUCUAUCUGGUUAGUUUUGUUUAUACAAUGCAGAGGUUUUGUGCCUAUACAACACUUUAGCAACUCUUGGCAUUACAAUGCUAACAGUAGUUAUGGUGACUGUUGGUGCUAAAUCACUUCAGCACUGAUGCAUUUACACGAUUAAGCAUAACAAGAGCAAUGAACAAUUACUCAGAACUUUGCUUAAUGAGAGAUUAUACUGUUGGAGCAGAAUAUGAUUGUUUGAAUGUAGACUUUAUCUGGUUAAGUGCAUGCAUUUAUUAAUAGAAGGUGAAUUAUAGGACAAAGUAAAGUCAUUGUUUCUUUGAACUUGGACUGUAAAGUAGAACAUGUGCUGAUUUUCAGAGAGUUUAUGCUGGGCCUACAUGUCUCCUAAAAUUGGAAUGUAGAGGAACUAUCAUAGACAUUAGGAUGUGUUUCAUAUAGUAGAAAGAUAUCACUGUGCAGAUGGCAUCUAAUCCAUAGGGAGCAUCAAAUGGGAAAACUGGAGAUUGUUUAACACUUAGCUUGAAAUGACUUUCCCCAGCAUGGUUACUGCGGUCUUCACAGUAAUGUCAGCCCUAUGCAAUGUUCAUACACCUUAAGAUAACCAACCUGUUUCAAGAAAAACAACCUGAAUUAGUAGUGAUGGCAAGUGUGUGUUAUUUAAACAUAAUAAUUAAACAUAAUUACUUCAUACAGUCACCAUUACACUUGUGUUCAAAGUAUACCAAAAUAAAACAAACAUAUUUUGCACCAUUCUUGGGAUUUUAGAAUGUUAAUUGUCUUUAUUAAUUGGUUAUUUAGCAUGUAUUUUGCUACUAGGAUUAACUUCUGGAUGUGGGUUAAAAUCUUUCAGCAAACUCAAAUCUCCAUUAAAACUCUGUGAGGUGAGGAAGCUGUCUACCAUGUUGAAAUGUUAAACUAAAUGUUAAAAGUGAAUAGACUAUAUAUGUAUUAUGACUGUGAGUUUAUGUAAUAGAACUGUGAGUGUACAUAAUGGAAACUUUGACAAGUUGAUGCACUGUUAUAAGAAGGAAAAUCCUAAUAAAAGCCCAUGGAUCUCUUGGAA